UCCGGAUGCUUGUUUAAUUCGUACCUGUAUAAUUUAUAUUAUUAUAAUAUUGUAAUAGAACAACGCUCACAGUCUUCUCCCGAGUCUCGACAGAGUAAUAAUAACGACAACAAUAUUCUCCAGCCCACACAAACGCAAUCAACGUGCGAAAUGAGUUCUUCGACAUUCUACAUAACAUUUCUAUUCGGUAUUGCGAUGCUGAUUUCAUGUGGCUACGGGACAUUUACGACAGAACAAAUCGAUUAUUACGGAAGAGCCUGCAAAGCAAGCGAAGAUGACCUCGUCGUAGUCAAAUCCUACAAGGUACCAUCUACAGAAACUGGAAAGUGUCUGAUGAAAUGCAUGAUCACCAAACUAGGACUGCAGAACGACGAUGGUUCGUACAACAAAACUGGCAUGGAAGCGGGAUUAAAGAAAUACUGGUCGGAAUGGUCUACGGAGAAGAUCGAGGCUAUAAACAACAAGUGUUACGAAGAAGCUUUACUUGUGCCAAAGGAGGUAGUAGCGACGUGCGAUUACUCGUACACUGUGAUGGCAUGUUUGAACAAGCAAAUGGAUCUCGACAAGUUAACUUGAAACUCUUGAGUAUGUUGAAGAGUGGACCGAGUGGACCGAAAAGAUAGUCAAACGUAGCUAGAUAUUUUUUUUUCAUUUUAAAACCCAUUUAUUACAACAGUUAUAAUAAUUUGAAUGCUCAAACACUUUAUAUUAUACAAUAACGUAUAUUUUUUGAUAUACCUACGAUCACCUUGUCACGGUUAUAUAACGAAUAAUAAAUUGUAAAAACCAUUGGAAUAACAAUAAUUAUUAUAAACCUAUAUUGUAUUGACGUUUUAAAAAAAUACUAUAAUUUAAUUGGUUAAUUAUGAUGACGUGGCGUUUUAUUUUGUCGUUAUAACAAUUAUUGUUCUUAGAAACAAUAUAUAAUAUAUGUACUCAUAAUGCUGAUAUUCGCUUGGAAGUGGAAAUACCGUAGAUUUUAAUUGUUAUCCCUCCCUUUUCCCCCUUUUCCUAUUUAUUAUAAUUAUUUUAUUUUCAUUUAGCAUAGACAGUCUGGUAUAUUAACGCUGAACUCGGAUACGGACGUUUAAAAUAGUAAAUAAUCAAAAACAAAUACAUUAUUAACGGUUAUUUAUUUAUGUAGGAUACUAU